AAAAUCGGAGUACAUUAUAGUGGGCCAGAAACCGUGCCUCUCUCAUCGUCGGAGUAAAAAACAUUUCUUACAGAAGCUAUUUUUAAGAGAGUUUAAUUUGUUAAUAGUAGUUGCAUGAUGUCUAGGAGCUUGAAAUGAAAUUAUACAAUAUCAAAGCAUGAUGGAAAAAUUAGAACUUGUACAUUAAAAAUAAAGAAAAAUAGUAACAUUGCAAAAAAAAUUAAUUUUUAUAGAUCAGAGGUUGUUUACAAGCGCACAAUUAUGCUUCAGAAGAAAGACUGUUUGCUACUGUACCUUCGUGGCGACAUUUACCACUUCUACACGUAAUCCCAAAGUCAGCAUUAGAAGCAGGACACAUUGUAAUGGGAUUGACACAGUGUGGUCAGUUUUUACUUACAUAUACAUACACUAUGGAUGUGAGUGGCAAUACUUCCUUAUAUAAAUAUUUGUUACAUUGGUGGGCUUUUACUCCGAACCAUGUUGCACGUAAGGUUGCAGAAGUCACUCUUUUUGGCAACUACACUAUCUACAGAGAACUGAGUAUAGUUAUAUCUCAAUGGCCAAUGGAACGAAGUAAAUUAGUAAUACAUGGUCUUUGUACAAACUGGUUACACCUUCAACCUACAGAUAGAGCAUAUUUAACAAUAACUACAGUACCUUCUCUUGAAAAUUGUAAAGAUUGCUUGAAGGUUGCAGCAUCUUACGAAGAAGAGGGUGAAGAAUUAGCAGCAAAUUGGGACGGUUGUGUACGGUGUAACUGUCUUCAACAUGGGCUUACUGUUCAUACUACUUAUGAAGUAAUUUCCCCAUAUCCUAGGUUUCGAGCUACUGUCUGUUUGAAUUAUUGGAAUCAUGUAGUAGUUAACACAGGAAACUUUUUACAUGUACUCAGGGUAGACUUGGACAUUCCAAAAUCCAAAAACCAGAAGACUUGUGAUAAACAGGACACUGUCAUUGCUGAUACAGUGCCAUUAGACAUGAGUGAUGUAGAAGAAUUGGAUUAUACAAAGGGGGUAGAACGUUACGAAAGUUCCGAUGAAAAAGUAGGUACACCCGAGUGCGCGGUCGACCAAUCCCCGAAAUGUGAAUCAAGUAUCGAACAUGAGUAUCUAGAAGAACCAAUUAAAUUAUAUGAUAAGUUAAAUCGUGAUUCAUUAAAUACCUCAAUCAUUAAUCAAAGCGAUUGUGUCUGUGAUAUAAAUAAGUCUGCCGAUGCUAUAAGUGUUAAAUCAUGCGAGUGUUUGGAUGCUAGUGAAUGUAAAUGUCGAAAUGCGAGUCCGGUUUCUCGAACCGAACAGCAAGCAAUAUCGGUUAGGGAUAAAAUUUUACAAGAUUUUUGCGAGGACAUGUCUCAAGAACUCAAUAUAGGUAGUGACCUAAUUACUUUAGUGAAACAUCCGUCGUGUUCACCACGGUCUACGCCGCAAAGACUUCCUUCUGAUCUCAAAGCGAUAACGUGGUCUUCGCCAAUUCUUACACCACCUUCGGAUAUUUUGAAAACCCGAAAUUCAGAGUCUAGUCAUAAAAGUAUCCGCACCCAGCGUUCGAGUUCUCCGCAACCUGGUGUUUCAGAAGAUAAUAACAUAACUUCUGUCAACUCUCCUCUUCAUUCGGUCUCCAUGAGUCCUUCGUCUUCGUGUUCAUCGCGUUUGAUGUCACCGCCUGUAUCACGUUCUUUUCGACAUCCGAGUCCUCGAAAACGAUCAAAUUUACAUUCUCCUCCGCCUAUCGUGAAUUCAACGCAAUCAAGAACAAGACCUACGCAUAAACUUAUCCUCGAAGCGGAAAAAGCAUACGAAUUUACUGACGAAGCACAGGAAACAUGCGAAAAGCUUAGUUCAUUUAGGAAACGAAGACUUGCCGACAAAAAGUACGAGUUUUGCGAUGAAACCGAAGAUGCGGAAAACAUAGUUCCUUUCAAACAUAUACGGGAUCAGUUUAAACAUCGCGGCUGUUCAAUACAUCAGAUACCAUCGUCUCCGACGAUGUCGCCUGCGCUACCAAAUGGCAAAAAACAUUGGGUGGAUUCCGAUCAAAGCGAAACCGAUGAUUUCAAUAUCAAUCAAGACAUUAGUGGACCCAAUGAUUUAACCGUCGAUUCAGCUGAAAAAAAUGUGUUACGCCCAUUAAAUCAAAAUCAACUACCUAAUGGCGGCAUUAGCAGAGAACGUUCUAAUAAACACUCUUUCAAUUCGUCCCCGUUAGUUCCGAAAAUAAACUUACAAUAUCCUACUAUCAAAUGUACUGCACAUUUUAAAAGAAGUUACAUAGAACUUGACGAUGAAAUGAUAUCGGUUAUUACGGACGUUGAAGACGAAGAAACAGGGGGGUAUGUAAGUUAUCAGUGUGUGCUUCCUAUGCAUGUUCAUGGAUCUGGAUAUGUCCAAAUGCAAAUGAUCAGCAACAGUAAAGCUGAAAAAUUGAUAGUACCUUGCGUAUCAAUAAAUCAAUUAAGUUUCGAUAUAGAAACGUUUUCUCAUCAUAUUGCCGAUUGGAUAUGCAUGAGAUUUAAAAAAAGGUAUUGGCAUUGCAGUGACUACGACAUCGAAAUAAUAGAUGUAUGUGCACUGAGCGGUGAUAUUAUUUGUUUAUUAAUUAUGAAGAUUCAAGCUAGUGAAAUUAAUAGUCAAACUCAAUGUUCACAAGAAAGGAAGCAGUACGAAGUAGGAUGUAAAUUUACGUGGAAUAUAGAUACCAGCCAGUAUAGAAUAACGGACGUAUUACCAAUGGAGGAAGUGAAACCAGAAUCAUGGAAACCAAACUGUAUGAACGUUCCAAACUUUCGUAGUCCUUUAUGGAACCCAACUCGACGUUUAGCGCCCAAAUUAAGAGAAAAAAUACAACAACCUUAUGCGCAUACAGUACGAUUUUUACAUAAUGAAAUGACUCUAGCAGGCGAAUCUAUAACUAGACUGUACGAUUUGGAUAAUUUAGUAGAAUUUUACAUAACACCAAUGCCAAAUUACCCUUCGAUCGAAUGAAAUAAUUGUCGGAUUAGUGAUAUGCCGAAAACAAUAAUUUAUUUAUUGUUACAAAUCUAAGAAUUUCAUAAAGAUAGCGCGUAUAAUGUAAUAAAUGUAUUGGAAACAUACCCCAUACAUAGUCCGCGGUAACUAUUUCGAAAAUUGUUAGGUUCAAACGUAAACAACAGCAAAUGUAACGCGUUGCGUAAGUUUUAGUUGUGCUUUUUUCGUAAGACUACCCUAUAAGUCGACAGUUAAGUACUGCUGUGUGAAUUGUCCGAAACUUAACGAUAUAGAUUAAGGGUACUGAAUAACAAUACAACGAAUAUUACAAGCAUUUGCUUGAAUUUGUAAAUUAUAUUCUAGAACUAUACACUGACUAUCUAUAUUAUAAGUAACUUUGGUAAUAACCACAUAUAGGUAACUAAGAACUGAUUGUCAGUGAAUGUAUUAUAUGUGGUAAAAAGUAAGGCAAAAGAAGAAUAGUGAAAUUUAGUAUUUGGUCCCAAAAUAACUAGCGAUUCAAAAGAAAAUAUAUUUAAAAAUCUUAAUUAAAGUUUUGUGGGUUUCACGGCCCGUUUGCAGUUAAUACUGUUUGAGGUUUACAUGUAUGAGUCGUGUACAGUAGAAAGUACCUUUUAGCAAGCAUCUAGCUUUAUCAGGAAUCGACUAACGCGCCGAUAUUAACGUGUGCCGAAAAAUGCAGUUUACUUAAAGCAAUAUUUUCCUACUGAACAUAAUUUAUAAAAAGCCUCAAACAGUAUUAACGUAAAAUUUUAAUUAUAAAUUCUCUAUGCCGAAAAUUUUCCUAGCUAUAUUUAUAAGAUUGAACAUGUUAAUUUAAGUUUUCGUGUUACUUCAUGACCUUAUUGUAUUAUAAAGCCAUUUUAUCAUAAAAUUUUUAUAUCUGAAAACUAUAAAUACAUAUACAUAUAAAUGUAUAACA